AUGUGAUGUAAACACGUCAUCCUCUCUCUGGCUCUCCCAAUACCUCCAUUGAACAUUUCUCUGUCCAUUUCUUUCAUUUCAUUAUUGCAAUCAACCACAUUAUUAGAGGUAUACUUUUAUAAAAGCCAUAUAUAUGCCUAUCACAUUUUCUGGCCAAGUACCCAUUCAAGCGAAACCCUUCUGAAUACUGCUUUUUCACAUUAAUCAUCUAAGAAUCAAGAAUUCGUGAUUUUUGCUUUGUGGGUUUCCAAAGUCUUGGGAUUUUAAGAUAAAAAAAAUUGUGGGAAUGGCUGCUGCUGUGCGCUGUGGUUCUGCAUCAAUUUCUUGGAUUCAAUUGAAGGAUUCUUCAUCAAAGAGGACUGCGAAGAAUAGAUUUAGGGUUUCUUCUUCUGCUGUUAGUGAUCCGUACAAGACUCUCAAGAUUCAUCAUGGUGCCUCUGAAUCUGAGGUCAAGAAAGCAUUUAGACAGCUUGCUCUUCAGUAUCAUCCAGAUGUCUGCAGAGGAAGCAAUUGUGGCGUCCAAUUUCACCAAAUUAAUGAAGCUUAUGAUGUUGUGAUGAGUAAUUUGAGAGGAGAAUUAAGCAAUCCAGAGAUGCAGAUGUACGACAUGGCAGGGGACGAUGAACAAAUGAGAGGGAUGGACGAUCAAGAUUGGGAUCUUUGGGAAGAAUGGAUGGGAUGGGAAGGAGCGGGAAUCCGCGACUACUCAUCCCAUAUCAACCCCUACAUUUGAUCUUAACUGUUAAUAUUUUGUUUGUGAAAGUGGAAGCCCACGUCUUCAUUCUACUGAAUUAAGAUGUUUGAGGUUGUUUGUACAGAAUUGUGCAUCCGUUCUUGUAUUUGUACAUAGUACAAUCAGAAUAUGGUAUCAUAUCCUUAAUUCUUGCUCACUGUGCUUUGUAAAAUCUAUGUAAAUAAACAUUAGUUAAUCGAAUAAUUGAUUUCCUUGGGAAUUUCCUAGUUUUAA